CAGCUGGUGUGAGGUGAUGCGACCAUUUACUCAACGGCUCGUGCAACUUAUGGUCACAACACUACCCAAUGUGCUCAGAACUUGUACUCCCGAUCCGAGCCUGCACGAUGAAGAGCACCCAUGAAGAGUUCGACGUCGCCGCAAUGCCUACUACUUAUUGUAGUGGCCUCUUUUCUCUCUGUCAGUAGCACACAGUGUUUUCACCGCCAAUGUCGACCAGCAAGAUCCCCGUCACCCCUUCGUCGUCAAUUCCGCGUCGUUAGCGAUCCACUCGACUAUCGGAUCCGUUCUCUCGUCAAUAUCACCCUAUUUGCAACAUACCCAUCCCAUAUCUGUCAAUAAAACCUAUGCAUCUCUCGUUAUUCCGUUACACGAUACCCAUUCCUAC